AUGGCCCCUGUCACCUCUGGUAGCUGCCUCUGCGGGGCAUGCACCUACUCAUACACGGAUGAGCCAGCUAUGAAGGCUCUCUGCUACUGUGUCACCUGCCGCAAGGUCUCAGGAGGGACAAACACUACUAAUUUUAUUGUCCCAGAGGAAAAGUUCACCCUGAAUAGUGGCCAGCCCAAGUCAUUCUCUACCGAGCACGAGACCGGCAUGACCAUCACCCUGUUCUUUUGUCCCGACUGCGGGACAACCAUGUGGAAAGAGGCUUCGGCAUCCCAGUUCAAAGGCGUGAAAAUAGUUCAGGCGGGAACACUGACAGAUCCGACCAAUUUCACUGGGAAGAUUGAUGUCGAGCUGUACGCUCCUGAGAGAGCCUCCUGGCUGGUUGCUCUGCAGGGUGCAGAGCAGAAGGAACAGCUUUAG